UGCCUCAAUCACAUGCCCUGCUAUGAUCGGUGAUCUCCUCUCUCUCUCUCUCCCCCACUCCCGCGUGUACCUGUAGAAGAAGAAGAAAAAAAAAAGCACCUAGAGCUUGGCUACAAUUUUGAUCCAAAGGCAUACAUUGAUACAUGGAUAGCAGCAGCCAGCAGAAGAAACAAGACGACGUCGACGUCAUGGAGGUGCCGGAGAUCCACGGCGACCUCCUCGUCGAGCUCCUGGACGCAUCCCUCGCCGCCGAGGACGCAGGCAGCCAACAGCUUGGUUCGGUGGCCGACGUCGUCGACGGCGACGUCUACUGUUGGAUCGACAGCCACCAGGAGAACUACGACAUCCACGCGCACCAGGACUGCGAGGACUGCUGCGGCCUCGACGGCGGCAUACUGCCCGACUUCGACGAGUACGGGGGCUCGCGGCGGCGGCUGAGGUCCCCGUCGGCGCCGUACGUCGUCUUCGACCACGGCGACACCCUGGAGUGGGCGGAGACGGCCGACGCCGACGGCGCCAUGGACCCGUUCACCAGCGAGUGCACGGGGGGCUGGUACAUGGACGGCCUGGUCAUGGCCAUGGCCAUGGAGUGGGAGGAGCAGGACGACGGGACGAGCGGCGGCUUCCCGUUUGAGCCCUGCUACGGAGGGGAGGCUGGCGCGGCGGAGCAGGUGUAUGCCAGCCCGUUGUGGGAGUGAACUCUCGGUUACAGUACGUCGUGUACACGUGUCAGUGUUCUAGUAAAUCUGUGCCGCAUUGCCGCCGCCAGCUAACUACUACUGCCCCCGUACCUACUUUGCGCCGUUUUUGCAAAUUCAGCGCAUUAUGAAUUUGCUUAAGAGAACAGGACUUGUGUGCCUUUUGUGGUUAGUUUCGUGUGGCUCAGAAGUAUUUUUAGUUUUUUUUUCUUUAUCCUUUUUUAAGAAAAACUUUGUACUAAUUGGAGUGCAGUCUCUGCAUUCGGUAUGCUUGACUGACUGCAUGCAGUCAGCUUCAAAGCUGUGUUCAGAUGGUGUAUGCUCUCGACUUUUUUUAAUAACAGGUUUCCCCAAUUUUAUUUUCA